UUUGAAAGACCUCAACGGAGGCACACAUUCACUGGUGUUAAAAAGUUCUCGCCUUUAAACGCGACGCAGGGGUUCAAGCGAUGAGAUCCCUAAAUUUAUUGCUUCUAGGCGCCAGCUGCGCGCUUAUCGUAAGCCUCACAUUUGCCCACCCGCCCGAGGGUGUGUGGAAGAAGAAACUCACUUGGAAGGAAGACUGGGUGCAGGUGUGGAAGACGGUGAAGAAGGAGGCUUGGGAAACGAAAUGGAAGAAAAUACAGGUGCCCAUUUGGAAAGAGGUACAAGUGCCCAUUUGGAAGGAGGUGCAAGUGCCCGAUUGGAAGAUUGUCAAGAAGCCGCACGUUGAGGAGCGUGAAGUGCCCGCCUGGAAGGAAGAAAAAGUGCCCGAAUGGAAGAAGAUAACAAAACCGGUGUGGAAAGAGAUACAAGUGCCGGUAUGGCGUGAAAUUCAAGUGCCCGUAUGGAAAGAAAUCCGAGUGCCAGUAUGGCGUGAAGUGAAAGUACCCGUGUGGAAGGAGAUACAAGUACCGAUCUGGCGCGACAUACAAGUGCCAGUGUGGCGUGAAGUGCAAGUGCCCGAUUGGAAGCAAAUGUUCGUGCCUGAGUGGGUGAAAAUGGGUAUACCUGGUGAGAAGUAUCUGGGCAAAGAUCACGAAGGUUGGGAAUACACCAGUCACGAUUUAUGGCGUAAGAAGCUCAUCUGGAAGCCAGUAUGGAAGAAAGUGUGGCGCACUGAAAAGAAACAAGAAUGGAAAACCGAAAAGAAGCAGGAAUGGAAAACCGAGAAGGUGCAAGAGUGGAAGAUCGAAAAGAAGCAAGAAUGGGAAACGAAGAAAGUGCAAGAAUGGAAGACCGAGAAACAGCAAGCAUGGAAACCGGAUAAGAAGCUGGAAUGGAAAAUCGAAUGGGUGCAAAUUUGGAAACCAGUAAAGAAACAAAUCUGGGUGAAGGAGAAGCGCGAAACCUGGGUAGAGGAGAAGGUGCAAAUCUGGCGCACAGAAAAGAAGCAAGCGUGGGCAACCGAGAAGAAGCAGGCGUGGAAGGAUGAAUGGAAAUCCAUACAGGUGCCCGUAUGGAAGGAGGUGAAAGUACAGGAAUGGAAGCGUGUGUGGAAGCCAGUGUGGGAGAAAGUGUGGGUACCAGCCAGUCAUGGAUGGGAUUGAGCGCGUUACUGCGAUACCUAAACCCUCGAAUUGUUCAUAAGCAAAGGCGAAAUGCAUGAAAGCACACACACACACACACAAACAAAAAGGCUGCCACAAAUAUAGAGAAGAAUGAGAAGAGGAGUUACGCGGGCUAACAAAAACUGACUGAUUUAAUGAAACAUAAGCAAACUUUAUGUACUAGCAAAUGUACCAGCUUUUCCAGUUUCUUCAGCUGGAGCAUAUGGAUAUUGUGAUUAGCGGAUAGUAAAUUUGGUACGAACGCUUCAUUCUUCCCACUGGUUAAUGUGCUUUCAUCCAUCCUCAAGCCGCAACGCGCCUUCUCUAUUCUUUUGUAUAAAUAUAAAUGUAUAAAUGUACAGUUGUAUGAAGACGCCAGCACCUUAAUUUCGCGCGCGCUUUUUGCACCACUCUACUUAGUUUAAAAUUGGUUUUGUUUUUAAUUUUUUAAAUUAUUUUCCAUCACUUCUCUAUUAACAUAAUUUCUAAACGUGUACAAAUUAGUCAUGAUGCUCUACAUCAAGUUAUUACUAUUUUUAUAUACAUACAUACAUACUCAUACGCAAUGAUUUGUUUUGGGUUUUUUUUUUGUUUUUUGUUUGUUGUUAUUCUGUUAAACAUUUUUUUUAUUUGAAACUCAUCACAUUUUCGCUCGAUUUAAGUGCUAUACCUUUAUUAAGACCAGUUAAUUUAUGUUGUUGUUUUUUUACCCAAAAUAUUUCUUUCUUGUUUUUAAUAUUUACUGGUCUUGAUGUGGGUAAGUAUGCAUUAUGUUGUAAAAACGAUUUUUGUUUAGGCUGUAGAAACGAAUUUAGAUGAAAGAAAUUAAACUUUACAACAAUAUUGUAUAUAAGUUUAUAUAAAAAAUAUGUAAUAUGUGUACAUACA